UGAGUGGUAUACCAAGGAUAGGGGAUGGCCUUAACACCCUCUAGUUUACAUUGACGUCACAGGAAGGCGGCUCUCUGCGCGCACAGGUGUUCUCCACAGGUGAUGGCGAGGAAAUGAAAAUGGUGCUUCAUGAAAAACAACUUAAACUCUCCACUGAAGUUAUUUGACCUCAUCACAGCUUAGGCAUGGCUAAAAACUGCCUGGGGAACUGUGCGCCGUUGUUUUUCCUAGCCGUCGCUUUUGACGUCGGCGGUUUGACAUUGCUUUUAGUUGGUAUUUUCGCGGAUCUAAAGUUGGACGGUCACUUCUACGGUGAUUUCCUCAUCUACACAGGUACACUCAUCAUCUUCCUAAGUCUGGGUUGGUGGAUUUUGUGGUACACGGGCAACAUAAAGGUUUACUCCGAGGACUUUGAGAAAAGCACCCUGGACAACUUUGCGCACUGGGCGAGAAAGUUUUCGGAGCGGCUCUCGAAGAGCGGGAUAAAAACUCUGGAAGCCGGGGAGAAGUGCAUGGUGAAUAGGAAGGAAUCGUUCAACAGAACAGUGCCUGUUCACGCUCCAUCACGAAUUACGUGGGAACACAGCAUCAGCGGACACGACAAUGGAGGAUACGACCGAAGUUUUGACAACCCGCCGAGGGAGAAAACGGUCGAGUUGGGGAUUCUGAAGAACUCUGAAGUGUUAUUGCAAAGCAUCGUGGAUAGUAAAGCGGAGAGGCUUCUCUGACAGAGCUGGUGUUCUCGGAUUCUCCCGUUUGAAAAACGUAUGCCUACUCCAAGCCCUGCUUUCCAAAUCCCAACCGACUGAAUACCUUUUUAGCCUAUAUGAACCAGACACUUUUUCAAUAGAGAAUACUAUUUUUGUUCAGGAAGAGGCCGUCUGACACAAUGUCCGGGCCCCUGCACUGAGGAUAGAAAUGGCAGAAUUUUACUUGUAAUUAGCUAAAUAACUAAAAAUGUAAUGUCCUGAAUUUUACAUGGUCCAUUUUGAAGAUAUUUUCCUUAAAUAAAGUUUAUUUUCUUUUUUUUCUAACGUCA